CCCACACGUCACACAGCGGAUCUGUUUUUUUUUUUGGAGACAGAAAAAAAACACGUAGCCACUACGGAGGGAUAUUGACUUUUGGAUGAAAGCUAAAUGAAUCUGGAAUAGCUCUGGUUUUGGUCAGCAGUUAACAGAUCAACUUUGGAUGGAGUUUUUUCUUUAUCCAGUACAGUCCAAACAGAGCCAAGAGGCACUGAGGGGGAUCGGAAUUUGCCGGUGACAAGUCCGGGGCUAAAAGUAAAAGUGGAUCCACUCGUUACAUUGACUUUUUAAAGCCUGCAUCAAUUCAAUCACAACUACAACGAAGAUUUUGAAGACUUGAGUCGAUGAAAAGAACUUUCGGAAAGAGACAGCGCCAACUUUUCCCCUUGUAUCUUUAACUUUGAAGAAGCAGCUCCAACCAUGGCGAAAAAGUAUGAUUUCCUUUACAAAUUGUUACUCAUCGGGGACAGCGGCGUGGGAAAAACGUGUCUGAUCAUUCGGUUUGCUGAGGACAAUUUUAACUCCACGUACAUUUCUACUAUAGGAAUUGACUUUAAAGUAAAAACCAUUGAAGUGGAGGGAAAGAAAGUGAAACUCCAAGUCUGGGACACAGCAGGGCAGGAGAGGUUCAAGACCAUCACAACAGCCUACUACAGAGGAGCCAUGGGCAUCAUUCUGGUGUAUGACAUCACCGACGAGAAGUCCUACGAGAACAUCCAGAAUUGGAUGAAGAGCAUCAAAGAAAAUGCAUCAGCUGGGGUCUGUCGAAUGCUACUAGGCAAUAAGUGUGACAUCGAAUCAAAGCGGAAAGUUUCCAAGGAGACAGGAGAAAAGUUGGCAAAAGAUCACGGCAUCAUGUUCUUUGAGACCAGUGCAAAGUCCAGCAUUAAUGUGGAUGAGUCCUUUCUGUCUUUGGCACGUGACAUACUACAGAAAUCUAGCAAGAAACCAGGUCCCACAGGUCGAGAGGUGAAAAUCACAAGCAGUACAGAGAAAAAAUCCUCCAAAUGUGUUCUUCUUUAGAUAUGACGCUGGCCAGCACACGUAAGAAAGCAGCACACACACGUAAGAGCACAUCAGUAUUAUUGGGGUUUCCUGUCUCCAUCUGGUGGGCUCACAUAUCAAAUACAUACAGGUUCUAAAGGUUUUUACACCCAGACUACUUUUGUUCCCCAAAAGCGUACACAGGAUUUCUCCUUUGUGCUGAAAUUUUAAUGAGGUGAUUGUGCCUGUCUUAACCAUUGAAUAUAUUUUCUGCCAAAUUUCCUUUGAUAAUGUCAUUGUCAUGAAAAUGUUGCAAAGUGUAGCUCCUAUGACUCCAAACAAAUACCUGGCACAAAAUUUCACCAAGCAGUUCCCACCAUGUUUAGUGAACUUGGACAUUUCUAUUUCCGUCUUGUGUUCUCUGGCUUAUCGACACAUCGUCAUCCCUGCAACAGCAGGGCCUACUGUCUUUAAAUUACUUUGGCUGUGUUUUUUAAACUGGGUAGCUAUUUU